UGGAGCAGGUUGUAUGCGGGAUGUCGGGGUGUUUGGGCAAGCUUGAAUACAAAAGCGGUCAACAGGAGACAACUGAACCCAACCAACCACCUCACAAAAAACAUCACUCACUUCCACAAUGACCAACCCUUCCUACACCCAUCCACCAACAGCCCCAGCAGCCUACGAUCCAGCGGCAGAUAUCAUCCCUGUAGAGCAGAAUGACAUCAUCAGACUCAAGAUCUUCGUUCCGUUGGCCACCUUGACUGCCAUGUUUUCUAAUCUUGUAUGCGCCUUGCUCAUCGAGCCUUCAAUGGGCGACAUCAAUGAUCGGUAUUACACCUUACUCACUCCCAGUAAGAUCCUCGUCGGAUUCUACUGGUUGGUCAUCUUUGCCUGUCAAUUCGGUAUGGCCUUCAUGGUCGUUUGCACUUCCAAUCAACGCUAUCGAACCGAAGAAACAAAGCAGACCUUUGUCCAUGCAAUCGGAAUGACCUAUGUCGUCGCUCUGUUUGGUUUCGCUCUUUGGCCCAUCUUCUGGGCAGCAGAACUUUUCGUUGUGUCGACUGCGCUUCUUCUCGUGGUGUUUCUUUUGAUGACCUAUACACUUCACUCGAUCUGGAGACACUCGCCGCCCUCCUUCACCUCCAAGCCUUUCAGUUUUAUCUUUAUCUACAUUCCCGUCCAGCUCUUUCAGACCAUCCUAUUCACUGUCGAUCUUCCUCAAUCUAUCCUCAUCUCCUUAAAAUGGUACCGAUCACCGAUUGACAACACCUGGGAAAGGCAUUUUUCGACUCAUGCUUGGAUCAUAUUCGGCGUCGUUUUAUUGAUUGGGCUUGCCAACGCCUUAGCAGUCUACCGUGCCAAGGAUUUGGUUCGCAUGCUUGCGGUCGUCUAUUUAUCGAUCGGUCUGCUGAUCAACAGCAAGGGAACCCUCCAGAAAGUGGCAGAUGCACCCCAAGUAAUCACUGCUCUGAUUGCCGGCGCUGCCGCAUGUGUGGUUUGCUUCAUAGCGAGUUUUGUUGAAUUCGGAUCUGGAAGAAACAGAAUCAUUCUCCUGGACGAAGACGAGCGUGAAGAGGAGCCUCUAAGGAGAUAAUUCUGUUCAAUUCCAAUUCCUCUUCAAAACUGGACAUCAAAAACCAUAGCAUUCCUGCCGCUUCGCUUUGAAUCUAUUCAGCCUAUUCAUUGGUGUCUUGACGUCUCUUUGAAGCAUUUGUACCACUAUAGACAUCGAUUCGUAUUACAUCAUCCAGCCUCCUACCCCCUCCACAAAACAACAUUUAGGUACAUAUGAUUUCUGGAUUGUUUGGUUUAUUUGCUAUUGUUAUGACCUUUCACUCUCAUCUGAUCAGCCAGCUUUAUCUCUCAUAUUAGCAUGCUCUUUUAUGCACUCAUCAACCCUAUUUGUCUAACUGUAAGCUCAUAUUAUGCACAACUCCUUUCUUUCCAUCACACAAAAAAAGGGUGUAAGAAAGCAACCAGCCAUGAGAUUUCAGAUUAUGAAUGCUCAUAAUUUCAACUGCUAAUCG